UGUAGAAACAAUCAGUGUGAGUCGCCCUGCUAGAGAGUCAAAGCUGUCUGUAAAGGGGCUGCUCAGGUGAACACGAUGGGGAAAAUAGAGUGGGCGAUGUGGGCCAAUGAACAGGCUCUGGCCUCGGGACUCAUUUACCUCACAGGAGGCAUUGUUGGGGUGGCUGGACAGUUCAGAGGUUGGCAGUUUGCUGCAUUUGCUGUUGCUGCUGGAGUGUUUGUGUGUCUACUUGAGUAUCCCAGAAGCAAGAGAGCCAAGGGCACAAGUGUAGAGAGAACGGGCCAGUACUGCUUCUCUGUGGUUGUCAAAUCAUUCGGGCCGCUGACGAGGAACUACUAUGUCAGAGCCUUUAUACUUGCUGCCCUCUGUGUACCUGGGGGUUUUAUGCUUGCCACAGUUCUCGGAUGUGUCUGCCUCGGCAUCUCCAGCAUCAUCUACCUUGUGGCAGCUAUCCGAGGUGAACACUGGGAGCCCAUUCUUCCAAGAAAAGAAACCAAAACGAAAGAUACGGGUAGCAUGAUUAGACCUCCUCAGAAUCCACCACCAAGACCUCCUCCAGACAUGCACAGGAAACGGGUAGAAGACCUUGGGGGAGCGGCCUAUGACAACGCCAUCGAUGUUACUGCUGAUGAAUAACCAGCCCGGUGUACCAUACUCUUUUUCCCUCUCCCUGCCUGCCUCAUUUUCGUACAAUUUACACCCUUGUAACAGUGAGAGGUCAAGGAAGGAUGGGUAAAGUGAAUGUAUUAUUUUACUGAUAACCAAAAAAUACAUGCCUCUGGAGAUUAAUAUAAAUGCAACCACUGCACAGAGUGGCUCUACAAUACCCAUGUUCAUGUUGUUUAGAGGGAAUCUUAUUUUAUUUAAAUUACAGCUGUUAUAAAAGUAGUUUUCUGCACCAAUCACCAUCAUUUUUAACUCAUGAUGUAUGAAUUGUAUUUAGUUGGCACAUAGGUUAUUACCUACUGUAUCAUGUACUUGUACUGUUGUUACUAUUUGUGUAUAUGUGCAUUUCUUGAAGUCAACUAAUCACAGUACUAUAAGUCUAUAUUGGAUUAAAUUGACAUGUAUGGCUGUACAUGGCUGUAGCCAUUUCCCCCUCGUAUUCUAAUGUCUUGUAAAUAAAUUCCUUCUGCUCUUUGAA